AUGUGCCAGAGGCGGGACCACUGUCGCUUCCCCCAGAUAACUUUUACCUCGACCAUUUAUCGCCGAAGCCCGUUUGAGCCAAAGCCUUCCUACUCUGUCUCCCGCUCCUCCGAAGCCUGCUGUAUAAAGCUGUCAGGAGCAACAGUUAACGUGGUGGCUGUCGUGAUCUUGUCCCGUGGAAAUUGCGGUCUCUCCGGACGCAUAACAAGUUUCCUGGUGUCCAUGGCAUUGGCUGAUUUGGUCGUCGUUCUCACCAGCGUGGUCCUGAACAGAAUAAUCGGCGUUUAUUUUCCUGCCGGCUUCCUCUCCAUUACACCUCUGUGUAAACUGAAAACAUUCCUAGUUUACUCUGCCAAGGAUAUAUCGGUUUGGUUAACAGUCGCGUUCACCUUUGAUCGAUUUGUGGCAAUUUGCUGCCGAAAAAUACGAAACAACUUCUGCAUAGAGAAGGCGGAAGCGGUUAUUAGCAUUGUGUUUGUCUUAAGUUGUUUACGGAACAUCCCUUGGUGCUUUGCACUGGAACCUCUGUUCUUUGUUGACAGCACACCUUGGUAUUGCGUCUUCAAGCUGAAUUAUUAUUCUUCUGCACCGUGGCGCGCCUUUUCAUUUCUUAACCACAUUUUAACACCAUUUGUUCCGUUAAUUUUGAUUUUAUUCUUCAACGUAUUGACGGUGAGACACAUUGCUGUGGCCAGCAGAAUCCGCAAGGCCCUCCUUGGCAAGAAAAUCGGCGAGGCAGAAAAUGAUUCCGAGGUAGAAAAUCGGAGAAAAUCAGUUAUUUUGCUUCUCAGUAUAUCUGGCAGCUCUAUACUCCUGUGGAUGACCUUUGUUGUGCAUUACUUAUAUCUUCGAAUAGCCAACGUUUACAAUUACACGGGUAACGAUGACCCUGUUUAUAUCCUUCAAGAAGCUGGAUACAUGUUACUUCUACUCAGCUGCUGUAUAAACACGUUCAUUUAUACCGUGACCCAGGCCAGGUUCAGAAAGGAGCUGAAGAACUUGCUGAAAUACCCACUGAACAUAAUCAUUCAAUCGAUUAAAUAG